UUACAAAAAAUAAAAAUAAAAAACAAAACAAAUGAAACCACUCACAUUAACAAUCAUGAAUUCAUAAUCUCUUAUCUAGAGUCAAAACCCAAUGAAUCUCUGUCGUUAACCACCACCUUAACUAGGUUCUGUCCUUGUUCCUCUUCUGUUACUUCAGAAUUGGAACAAUCACAAACAUAAACAUGGAACUUGUUCCAUAUUCUGACCCUAAUUCCGCAACUACUCCAGCAUGGCAAGAAAUGUUCCGAUCCGCAUCCUCAAGACAACCAUCCUCCACCUCAUCACCCAACGCGCCGUCUGGACUACACCACGCGCCGUCCUCCAUUCCCCACGCGCCGUCGUCGGCUCGAAACGACUCCGACCCAGAUGGAAAAAACAAAUUUUCCGGCGAUCCCCAGGUGAGACUCGCUUUAUACAUAGCCAUGGCACAUGCGGGUCUUGGUUUCGCCAUUUUCAUUCUCUACACUGUUUCGAAGCUUUUAGAACAGUAUCUUAGACCUCUUCAGUGGGCGGUACUGUGUUCAAUUCCUCUCAGAGGAAUUCAUCAGACCAUUGUUUCGUUCUGGUCUAAGCCUCUCACGCUGGGACUCACGGAAACUGUUCUUGCUGUUCCUGUUGCUGUUUUUAGAGCUUUUGUUGGUACACUUGUUGAGAUUCGAGAAGCUUCUUUCAGAGUCAUUCUGAGGAAACCGAAGCCUCCGAAUCCUCAUCCAUCUAGAAAACGUAGUGGAUUUUCAAAUUUGCUUCGUUUGUUAGUGUCUUUUGGGAUAUUGAUAAUUGCUUAUGAGAGGCUUGGUGGUUUUGGUGCUAUAUCACUUUUAGGGUUGGGUUUUGUGUUUAGUUCUAAGAAUGUGGAUUCAACUAUGCACACUUUGUCUUCUUUAAGGACUAAUAGCUUCAGGAGAAGUGCGGUUAGUGCUUUUUUUACUAGAAAGGUGGUGAAGAGGUUGAGUGUUCUUGUUGCAAUUGGGCUUAUUGUUGUUAUGAUUGUAGGGUUUUUAACCGGUUUGAUUUUCUUUUCGUAUAAGAUUGGUAUAGAAGGGAAAGAUGCAGUUGUUUCUCUUAAGUUACAUGUGGAAGAGAGUAAUUAUUCGGAGAGAAUUGGUGUUAAGAAGUGGAUGGAAGAGAAUGAUGUUGCUCGAAUGGUGGAUAGUUACACCACGAAGUUUUAUGAGACUGUUUCCGAUCAGAUUGAUGGGUUGGCCGUGCAAUAUAACCUGACUGAAAUUGUGAAUGGAAUUAAGCAUUUUGUGAUAUCGACUCCGUCUAACUCUUCAGCACCUUCAAGAGCUUUGAUUAAGCCUUCGCCAUACACCGAAAAGUUCUUGAGUUUGAAAACUCGGGUUAAGGACCGCGAAUGGAGUCAAAUUUAUGCAGAACUCGAUUCACUUUUUAGAGAGCUUGUGAUCUCGCGUGAGGAUUUGGUUGAGAAGGCAAAAGGGUUCGCGUUUAAAGGAAUCGAUGUAUCACAACGUAUUUUGGCUAGUAGUACAACCGUGCUUGGAAGCAGUUCAAAAUUCAUGUUGUCCAUUGCUAAUUCCAUUGUUUCUGGAGCUGCGGAGGUUUUCAAUUUCGUAUCUCAAUCAAUGGUGUUUAUUUGGGUUUUGUAUUAUCUCAUUACGUCAGAGUCUGGUGGAGUAACGGAACAAGUGAUGCAUAUGCUUCCGAUUUCAAACUCAACUAGAAUUCGAUGCGUUGAAGUUUUGGAUAAAGCUAUUUCAGGUGUUCUUUUGGCUACCGCUGAGAUGGCGUUUUUUCAAGGAUGCCUUACUUGGCUUUUGUUUAGGUUAUACAAAAUUCAUUUCUUGUAUAUGUCAACUGUACUUGCAUUCAUCAGUCCUUUGCUGCCGAUAUUUCCGUAUUGGCUAGCGACGAUUCCGGCAGCUGUGCAACUAGUGAUGGAAGGUAGAUACAUAAUUGCAAUCUUCUUGUCAGUUACUCACCUUUUCCUCAUGGAUUAUGGCGCGUCGGAAAUUCUUGAAGAUGUGCCUGGGAAUAGUGCUUAUCUUACGGGACUCAGCAUCAUUGGGGGAAUGACAUUGUUCCCAUCGGCUCUCGAGGGAGCUAUAAUGGGGCCAUUGAUAACAACAGUGAUGAUUGCUCUAAAGGAUUUAUACGCCGAAUUUGUUUUGGAAGAACCUAAGGACAAGGCCAAGAAGAAAACUAGCUAAGCUUCCACCUUUGUUUAUAAAAAGUAUUUAUUGGCAGUUGAAGUUUGCUGUAAUUGCAUCGGUUGUUGCUGUUGUUGGUGGAGUCUGCCUUUCAAUUGCGAGAGUUUCUCAAUGGUCAGUCAUUUUUUCUCUUUUUUAUUUGUAUCAUAGUUUUUUUCUUCUUUUUUAUCCAUUUUUUGGGGUCAUCAAAUAUUUUGAUCACUUGGUGACAGUGUUUUGUUGAAUUGUACAUUAAGAUCUGUAUUUAUUCAUGUAACAAUGUUUCUUAUUCAUUAUAUUUGUACCUAAAAGAAAUAAACACUUGUGCAAGUUUCUUGGUUGUAGCCA